AUGCCUCGUGCAGCCUUAUCACCUCUUUUGGAACCUAUAUCAACAAAAGCACCACCAUCAUUUUUUAUAUCAAAACCACAUCCGCAACCACCACGACGAUUAGACCCGGAAUUUGCCAAAUCAAAUAAACCAAUUCCAACGAAUAAAUUUUAUACAAAUUUAUUAGUAGAUACCAACCUUAAUCCAAAUCCCGUUUUUCCUUUACCUUAUGCAUUAAGAUUUGAAUCCAAUCCAGAUGGUGCUUUGAAUGGUUUCAGUAUUAGUAAUGUUGACGAUUAUCAAAAGACCUUGGGACCCGAUCCAAAUGCCGACCCCGUUCAAUUUUUUUUCAGCGUAUACACACCGAGCAUUGCGAUCUCUGCAAAUGAAUUACCGAAAUUACCAGAUCUACUUCUCUCGGAUCCUACUGAUUUUUCGAUCGUAGCUACUUUAUCAUUUUCCGCUACUCAAAAGAUCACCAUGCCAAUAGUUCGUGGCAUGGCCUUC